UACAGUAGCACUAUGGCAUUUCAAGCUAUUUUAUUUUUAUUGCUUAACACCAAACUCAUCAUACCAAUCAGCCAUACAUGCAAUUUCUGACACUUCUACAUUGAUAUACCAUAUUAGGAUUUUCUUGUGCAGUGUGACUGGAAGGAGUGAUGUAGACUGUCCUGAUCACACAAAACUAACUGCCAGGACGUAUAUUUUACACAGACUAUCUACAGAUGAUCGCUUUGUUCAAACACCACCAUCUUGUGCUGAUCACAAUAUGCUACUUGGAAAUAACAUGUAUAGCGACUUGAUAUGCACGAUACAUACGAGUACAACAACUAUCCUUUCUAAUCAGCCGUUCUUUUUUUUCCGAUCAAUAUUGGCAUAA